AGCUUGAAGGCCUUCUCUUUCACUACGCCUCUCUUCAUAAUCUCUUUUCGCUAAACACACACUUUCUCUUUUCUGUUUAAUUUUAAUACAUCAGCUGUUUCAGCAGCAUUCGUCACUGCGGCACACUCCACAAGCGCAAGCCCCACGUGCGACGACCGACUUUCUCGUUUCUGUCAAGCUGUACGAAGCUUUUCACGGCGACCCCUUCCUUCCUCUUCCGUACCUCCUCCCUCACCUCUCUGACUGCGACCCAUGGCGUGUCUCAGCUACCCGCUGCGUCGCAUGAUGGUGGCCGGUGCGCUGCUGGUGCUGUGCGUGAACGCCCUCUUUGUCUCCGCGACCUCCACCUCCGACUACACCGCGGAUCAGCAGAAGAACACGUUGGCGUUCCUGAAGGGCUUUGCAGUAGCGGGCUCAACUCUGGAGACCAGCUGGACGGGCACGGACUUCUGCACGUGGCCGUACGUGAGAUGCUACGAUGAUUCGGGCACGCUGACCUUCAUGGACUACAUUGCGCCGGCGUUCACGGGAUCGCUGGUGCUGCCUGAGCUGGGUGCGGACGUGAACGGCUCCGAAGUGAUCUUCACUGGCAUUGACUUGAGUGGGUUUGGGCAACAGGUUACGGGCUCCCUGCCUGCGAGCUGGGGCCGCCUGACGACGCUGACAAGUCUGGACUUGAGCGGCAACGCCUUGAACGGGUCACUGCCUGCGGACUGGGGCGGGAUGGCUGCGCUGGAGUCACUGUACCUGAACAGCAACCGCCUUGAGGGCAGCCUUCCCGGCCAGUGGAGGUUCUUGUCGGAGCUGAUGACGUUGCGGCUAGACAAGAACACGCUGUCCGGCACGCUGCCUGCUGCGUGGUUCCGCUUGACUUCACUGAGUACUCUGUACCUAAACGACAACAUCCUUACGGGACCGCUGCCUGCGGCGUGGGUGGCGUUGACGGCGCUGUGGUCUCUGGAUCUGUCCAAUAACCAGCUAACGGGCUCGAUCCCUGAGCGGUGGGGCGAGCUGCGAGUGUAUACAUUGGUGCUGAGCAACAACGAGCUGUGCGGAUGCAUUCCUACCAAGCUGAAGAACAGUUAUUAUCUCCCCACUGUGGAUCCUGAUGUGUCCGCUGACAACUGUACCACUGCAAACCCGUGCGAGCCGCACAGUGCUGACUCGGCCUCCGCGCCGGACGACUCCGAGGCGAGCGCGUUGCUGACGGCGAACGAGCAGAACACGCUGAAGUUCCUGCGGCUGGUGCGGGCUGCUGUGGGCGGGGAGCUGCAGAGCCUCUGGAGUGGCGUGUGGUACUGCGGCUGGUGGAACGUGAAGUGCGGGUCUGACGGGUUGGUGUCUGUCGCGCUGAGCGACGUCACGUUCUCCGGCCCGGCGCAGCUGCCGGAGCUGACGACGCACAUCGACGGCAGCCUUGUGGACGUGACGAGUUUCGAGCUGUACGACAAGGGUGCGCGCGUGACGGGCGCGCUGCCUGCGAGCUGGGGCCGCUUGACGACGCUGAGGGAGCUGGUACUCAACGGCAACGCACUGACAGGGUCACUGCCUGCGAACUGGAGCACCAUGACGAAGCUUUACACUCUCAACCUGGCCGCGAAUGUCCUCUCGGGCACGCUGCCCGUCGAAUGGGCCUCGAUGCCGACCUUGACCGAGUUGCGGCUGAACAACAACCAGCUGGCUGGCGCGAUCCCUGAAGGAUGGAGCAACAUGAAGUCACUGCAGGACAUCUACCUGUCGGACAACGACUUCUGCGGGUGCGUGCCGAGCGCCUGGAAGGGGGGAUAUCGUCCGUACGUCCGAGCCGAUGACGCGGUGACAUCAACGAAGUGCCGCACCGCAAACAGGUGUGUCGACGGCAGCGGCAGCUCUGACAGCAUGGCGGGGAUGACGGAGGAGGAGAAGAGCACGCUGAAGUUCCUGCGUGGCUUUGCGGCCAAAAACCCGUUUCUUGCGAGCAGGUGGACCGGCAUCUACUAUUGUGAAUGGCCGUACGUGCAGUGCACCUCUUACUCGAACGUGCUUAACUUCAACGCCUACAGCGCGCCGGCGUUUACCGGAGCGCUGGUCCUGCCUGAGCUGGGUGCGGACGUGAACGGCUCCGCCGUGAUCUUCGAUGAGAUUGACGUGAGUGGGUUUGGCCAACAGGUUACGGGCUCCCUGCCCGCGAGCUGGGGCCGCCUGACCCACCUGACGAAGCUGGACGUGAAAGGCAACGCACUUACGGGACCGCUGCCUGCGGACUGGAGCGGGAUGUCUGCGCUGCAGACGCUUCACAUGGAGGACAAUCGUAUUGAAGGGGUUCUUCCCGCGGACUGGGCCAACAUGACGAUGCUGAAGUACUUGUACCUUCAGAACAACUCGCUGACAGGCUCGCUGCCUGGUGCUUGGAGCGGGUUGGCUGCGCUGCAGGAACUGUACCUGAGCAGCAACCGCCUUGAUGGCAGCCUUCCCGGCCAAUGGAGGUUCUUGUCUAAGCUUCGCGAGCUUCGGCUUUCGAGCAAUGCGUUGACCGGCACACUACCGGCAGAGUGGAAGGCAAUGACCAGCUUAAAUGCACUCAACCUUUCGAGCAACGCCCUCUCUGGCUCGCUGCCUGCGGCGUGGGCCUCCCUGCAGUUCCUGCGGUCUCUAUACCUCGCAGCAAAUCAAUUUACAGGUUCGAUCCCUCGAGAAUGGGCAGCCCAGUGGACGUACUUCACUGCUGAUCUGAGCAGGAACCAUCUGUGCGGAUGCCUCCCUGAUGGCUGGUCGAAGCAGACUUUCCUCAUCGACAUUACCGUGGAUGCCGCGGUGUCUGCGUCCAACUGCAGCGAUAAGAACGCGUGCGACGUGCACAACACCACGACCACGACCACGACCACGACCACGACCACAACCACGACCACGACCACGCCGCCGCCGCCGACGACGACCACCACCGCUGCGCCGACGCAGGAGCAGCGAAACACCUUGAAGUUCCUGCAGGCGUUCUCGACGAUGGACCCGAGUCUGGCGAUGCGGUGGACCGGGAGCAGCUACUGCGACUGGGCGUACGUGAGGUGCUCUGCGGACGGUGCGGUGCAGCUGGACCUGUCACCGCUGCCGCUGGCGACGGCUGUGUCACGGACGAAGGCCGCCGCGUUGAUGAAGACUGUAACGUCGACGGCGGCCGUGUCACUGCCUGAGCUCGCGGCGGACGUGGACGGGCAGCAGGUUGCGGUGACGGAGUUGAGCGUGUACGGUAAGGGCUCGCGGGUCGCGGGGACGCUUCCAGCGAGCUGGGGCCGCCUGGCGCGUCUGCAGACGGUGCGCGUGCAGAGCAACGCCAUCACCGGCACGCUGCCGUCUGCCUGGAGCGAGAUGACGUCGCUGCGCAGCCUGAACGUGAGCGGCAACGCGCUGUCCGGUGGCGUGCCUGAUAGUUGGGGCGGCAUGACGAAGCUGGUGAGCGUCGACCUGAAGGGGACGGGCCUGUGCGGGUGCCUGCCCGCGGGGUGGAAGUCGAAGACGGUGGCUGCGGAUGCCGCGUUGACUGCGCGGGACUGCGCGAGCGCGAAUGCGUGCCCCGCGGUGUCGAGCACAUCAGCCCCGCCGAAGAAGAAGUCUGGACGGAACCUGAUCCCACUGUGGUGCGUGCUGGGUGCUGUGGGUGGGCUCCUGGUGGGAGUCGCGGUGGGCUUUGGCGUGCGCUUCUACCGCCGGCGUCAGCUCAAGGAGGCGGAGGUGAGGCGGUUCCAGGACUCUGAGGAGAAGGAGAUGGAGCCUUUUGCGACGACGCCUGACUCGCCGUAUUAA